AUGGACAGGUAAAUGGGCAGCUUUUGCCCCAGUGCAUAAUUGCUACAUCACUGAAUUCAUUGAGUAUGAACUUGCUCUGUGUUUUAUUGUCUUUUCCCCAUCUGACUCAGCUCUCCAGAUGGCUUCUUCCCAUAUCUCUCAGUAACCAAUAUUCUGAUGCUGUUGACUCUUUCUAUCUCUCUCUUGCUCACACACGUUUUAUCAUUAUUGUUUUCUACCCAUGUCCCCAGUAAUUUUUCUGUUCUUUCUCUCUCUCUUUUUGCACACGGUUUGCUAAGACAAUUUCCCCCCUUUAAUUCAGUUUGUUCCAUACACUCUUGAAAAUAAGGGAUAUCAUUAUUAUUUCUUCUUCUUGACUUUCAUGUCUGUAGUAUAUAAUAACAGAAUCAAAAGAAACAGACACCUGCCCCAAGAAGCUUACAAUCAACAAUGAUGGGUGCAACAGAGGGGAGGGCAGUGAGUUUAGCAGAGAACAAUUAUAUACAGUUUCACAUACUUAGGUUUUGGUUACAAUGCCUUUUUGGGCAAUUAAAAUAAUUAGACAAGUGGGAUGAGAUUUCUGUGUAACUCAAAAGCUUAUGUUUUUCUGCAUCAAAAAGUGUUACUCCAAUAAAGAUUUCCAAUACUUCGCAUGUAUGGGUGCUAACAGAACACCUGUCUAGCCUAUAGAUGAAUGGAUCUAAUUGCAAAUUUUCUGAAUCUGCACUCAUUCACAUUAGCAAAGAGAAAGCAUUAUAAUUAACAAAUGCAUCUUUUAUUUUGGGAUUAGCAAGAAAGUAGCUUUCUAUAGAUGAAUGCGUCUAAUUGCAGUUUCCAGAUGUGAAUGACUCAUAUCUAUUUGUCUAUUUAUCAUAAUAUCUUUGUCUCAGUUUCUGUCUCACAAUGGAGCUCCUUUUCAUCUGAUAAAAAUUAAAAACAUAAUAUAUCAUUUAAAAAGAAAAAUGAUUUUUCAAACGAAUUCAAAACCAAGACCUGAUAGGUCUUAAAUUAUAGGUCUUCCAGUCCUUCUUGUGAGUGUGCACUUGUCCUUAGAUGCACAAUUCAGAAUUUCAGAAUAUGUAAUAUUUCUAUUAUUCAUAAAAUACUCCUCCUUCGUCACGGAGGAUCAUAAUGUGUAUCGAGUUGUAUUGUAGCAUAACUUAUACUAACUUGUACUGAGUACCUCCUCCUCCUCCUCUGUUUCAUUUCUUUAAAUCAGGUGCAAGUGAAAUAGCUACUUUAGGAGUAUGUCCGCUGCAACCACAAAAAGUCUCUCAUUUUGUGCCAUCUGCUGCUGCAAAUAGCAUGAGAUACUAUUUGAGUUUUCACCUCACUCUGCGAUCUGCCUCUAGUUUCUCAGCUCCCUCUCCCUCUUACCUCGGUAUUACCCCAGCAAAGGGUUGAACAUUUCCCUGGGUUAAUCUGGGCAAAUGGGAAAGCUAAUAACUCAUUAAAGAAUUAGAAGACUUUAUGAGAUUCAGCUGGACAAAAAUGUCUCAUGGCAUGCCUUUCCCUACCCCUCUUGGGAGUAGUUUGUGAACUCCCAUUUCCAGAAGAGUGGAAACUUUGGGGCACAUGACAGCCAAAUAUAAGCCCUUUCAAGUCCCCAUGUAUUAUAGUAAGUGACCAAUACACAUGUGCUUAAGUCUUUCCCCUUGGAUUCAGACUGGUGUGAAAGUGCUUAUUAACCUUGGCUGCCACAUGUCCCUGGUUUCUGCUCUGGAAAUCAGAGGUUGCAAUCUACUUCUAUUGAGCCAGUGGGGCACUGUGGCAAGAGCAUUGCUUGGGAAUUGAAGCCCAUGUUCAAAUCUUUUCUUGGCAAUGAGACUCACAGGGUGCACUUGGGCAGUUUAUUAUUUCUUCAUCCUAACCUACCAUAUUUUUCGCUCCAUAAGACGCACCUGACCAUAAGACGCACCUAGUCUUUAGAGGGGGAAUGCAAGAAAAAAAAUAUUCUUUAAAGGGAGCGCUGAGCAGAGCCAGUAUGCAUCCCAGGCUCUGCUCAGCUCUCCCGUUCACGAGCCGCGUGGAGCGUGUGUGCAGUGCUUGCAGGCUUUUCCCCAGGGAGGGAGAAGGGCAGCCUGUCACUGACGGGUUGCCUUUCUCCCUCCUCGGGAAAAGCCCCCAAGAGCCGCACACAUGCUCCGCGCGGCUCUUUAAAAGGAGCGCGGCUCUUGGGGGCUUUUCCGGGAGGUGGGGGAAGGGACUGAUGGGCUGCCCUUCUCCCUCCUCGGGGAAAAGCCCUGAAGAGCUGCACACAUGCUCCACACGCUCUUUAAAGGGAGCGCUGAGCAGAGCCUCCCGCCUGCAUUCGCUCCAUAAGACGCGCACACAUUUCCCCUUACUUUUUAGGAGGGAAAAAGUAUAUCUUAUGGAGCGAAAAAUACGGUACUUCACAGGGCUGCCAUGAUGCAAAAAAGGCUGGUGCUGAUAAGACAGGAUUAUAGCUGCAAGGAACUCUUGCCUCCCAAAGCCAGUCCCAUUUUAACAUGCAAUCCGCUUUUGAACUGCUACACCAGGAUUGGCUUUUCACAUAUAGCUACCGUAUUUUUCGCUCUAUAACACGCACCCGACCAUAACACGCACGUAGUUUUUAGAGGAGGAAAAUCCGUAGGCAUGCCACCUGUAGGCAUUCCCUCCAUAACACGCACAGACACUUCCCCUUACUUUUUAGGAGGAAAAAAGUGAGUGUUAUGGUGCAAAAAAUACGGUAUUUCUUGUUCUGGGACCAGAUGUUUUUCAGCGGGACACUAGAACUUGGAAGCAGUCCAAGUUCUUCUGCAUACUGCCAGACUGAGAGAUCCAAAUUGUUUUUAGGAUGUGCACAUACAUAAUGGGUCGACAAACGUAAUGGGUGUGCACAUAUUUAAAAAAGAAACUGCACUCAGCAAUUUUUCUUAUUCUUAAGUGGGCGUCUGCUUUUCCUCUCUGCUGUGCACAAUGCGUUUGCCACAUGUUCAGAUAUCCGCUUUCCACCUCUCCCCCCACCCCAUGCUACAGGCGGACUCUCAGCCAUUUUUAUUUGUAAAGUACUUUACGCACAUUUAUUCAAUUAAAUGUACAUUUGCCAGUACUUUAAAAUGUUGGAAAUCUGCCUAGGGAAGGGGAAUGAAGGUUGGUUCAUUUGAUCAUACAAAUUGCAGCUUAUCUUCGCUAUGCACAGCCUAUAUCUGUUGCAAAUACACAUAAAUUCCAUCUUGAAGAGAAAAUUGUAUGUUUGGGGGGGAGGUGUGUGCUUUGACAAUGGGGCCCACUAUUCAAAUGUUGCACAUUAUUAUGCACCCUUAGAGUGUUUACAAGUAAGAAUUACUCAGAAGAGGAGUCCUUCAAAGGAAUCCAUCCCCCUGCGUUUCUGCAUGAGCAAAUGUCCUGCACAUGCCUUCUGGUGCAAAGAAACAAGCCCAGAACAGUGACUCAUACAGAAACACAACAGGAAGCCUCUUCUUAGGGUAGAUAUUUUCUUCUUUGCAUCAGAAGUGACUAGAUGAUUCAAUGACACUUGAUGUAGCAAGCUUGAUGUGCCUGAAUCUAAUGAAGGUUGUUUGGAAGAAGGCAAGGCCAGAAUUAAAGUACAGUGGUACCUCGGGUUAAGUAUUUAAUUUGUUCCAGAGGUCUGUUCUUAACCUGAAACUGUUCUUAACCUGAAGCACCACUUUCGCUAAUGGGGCCUCCUGCUGCUGCCGCGCCACCGGAGCACGAUUUCUGUUCUCAUCCUGAAGCAAAGUGAUUAACCUGAAGCACUAUUUCUGGGACAGAGUCUGUAACCUGAAGUGUAUGUAACCUGAAGCGUAUGUAACCCGAGGUACCACUGUACGUAGAGGUCUCCUAAUGGCACAUUAGCUGUUAUGUCAGAGCACUCUAGUUGCUUUAACCUGGAGCAGAGGCUCGAGGAGGAAAGUGAUGGCACCAAUGGAAGUCUGGAUGAGCCCUGGAAAUGGACAGAGCUGAGAUGGAUGGAGGGAUGCAAAGAGGAGCCUUCUGCAAGUGAAUGGUUCUAAGCUGUGUAAAUGGAUGGGGAGAAAUGGGACAGGAGAAACUGAAAUGGACAGAGCAAAGGGGGGGGGGGAGGUAUGCAAUCCUGAAAUAUUUCCAAGUCCCUCCAACUUUUGAUUUGAGCCCCAUCCACCAAGGGCCUGUGGCACCUGGCAGAUUAUUCCCAAGAAAAUGUGGCCCAUGACAGAAAAUAAAGGUUACCCACUCCUGGCCUAUAACCUGCUGGAAAUUACAACUGCAGCAAAUAAUGGAUAUAAAUUAGCACAGGUGUUGUUUCCUAUGGCCCAAACAUGUCGCUCAAUAUAUGCAGGACAGCAUCUUCCCACUGUAGCCCUGGGAAUAUAAGGCCAGAUUCAACUACCCGGUUCCAUUGUGGACGGGGUGGCGCUGUGGGCUAAACCACGGAGCCUUUCGGGCAUGGCGAUCGGAAGGCUGGUGGUUUGAAUCCGCGCGACGGGGUGAGCUCCCGUUGUUCUGUCCCAGCUUCUGCCAACCUAGCAGUUUGAAAACACACCAGUGCAAGUAGAUAAAUAGGUACCACUGCGGUGGGAAUGUAAACGGCAUUUCCGUGCACUCUGGCACUCGUUGUGGUGUCCUGUUGCACCAGAAGUGGUUUAGUCAUGCUGGCCACAUGACCCAGAAAGCUGUCUGCGUUCAAGCACCGGCUCCCUCAGCCUGAAGCGAGAUGAGUGCCGCACCCCAUAGUCGCCUUUGACUGGACGUAACCGUCUAGGGGUCCUUUACCUUUUACCUUACCUUACCCAGUUCCAGUAGUGGAAGCCAACACUUCUGCUACUGCAACAGGGCUUUGCUCACAACUGCCCCCCCCAACACCUCUGGAGUGUUGGGAAACCCCUCAGAACAAUGCACAGGCCUGGGGACGCAGGAAGAGGGGAGGUAUUUGGAACAUUUUCCUUAGUAUGACGUUGACUCUCACCAUAGAACUGAAACCAUCUGAAAGCACCUAUAAUCUCCUGCUUCAUGGGCUUAUGAAGUUGCCAAUAUGGCCAAGGUUGCUUGCCAUGCUACAGUAAAAACUAGUUUGCUUUGAAGGUGAAGCCUCUCUGUUGGCACUGGGUCAUUAUAUUGUGCUUGUAUGAGCGCUCAAACUUAUAAAGCCUGUGUUUCAGUCCACCCUCAGAUCAUCCAUGCAUGGAAAAUAUAGUAGCUGGCUGAGCCCAUACUGAGAGUGCAGAGAAAGGAGGUGAUGGUGCGCUGGGAUUAUUUUUAACCCAUUCGCUUCUGUUUUGCAUUGCCUUUGGGGGUGUGAAUGUUUCGCUUUGGUGAACACAGUUCUUCACACUCCUGCUCUGUACUUUGCACACUUGCUCCCACCCUGCUUUAGAGACGUUAUACAGUAUAAAAAGAAGCCUGUGGCAGACAUCAUGGUAUUUUAUGUAUUCUUAUUCUUAAACUUAGUGGGGAAUGACGGUGAGAAUAGCCUUUCACCCUUAGUCUACCUGAGAAGCUCAGCGUGCAAAGAGGAUUCAGCAUGGGUUUCACAAGCCACUCUUGAGUUCCUAUACUAAUAAUCUAGGAAUUUUUACCGCUUUGUAAAAAGUGCCUGUGCAACUUUUCCAAAGCACAUGAACCUGACCUUUGAAGAGUUUGUAUGUAAACCACUGGUAGCUUAACAAAUGUGUGGUCUUUUUCCUAUGCUGGGAGAACUGGGAAACCUUGGAAAGAACUUUUUAAAGGGCACACAUUAAGAUUUUGCAGCCUAUAUUACCACGCUUUACAUUGCUUCAAAUUUUGUGACUUUAAAUCUCUGUUUGGGGUUCUCUCACCAAAGAGAACUUGUCCCAAACUUGAAUCCUGGCAUCCAAGAAUUCUCAUUUCUAUAUAUAUAUUUUCCUGAACCAAUGGACUCCACUAGAGUUGCUCUCUGUUCAGAUCACAGCUGUCCCCAUUCAUACUUGAAUACAUUCAAAUUCAGAGUCUGUUUCCCUCCGCAGUGUCCUUCUGAAACAAAAGAAAUUCCUCUACAACUUCAAGAACUUGCGCUGGGCCAAAGGCCGUCACGAAACGUACCUUUGCUAUGUGGUCAAACGGCGGAACAGUGCAACAUCCUGCUCCCUGGACUUUGGAUAUCUGCGCAAUAAGGUACAAAACACAAGUGAAGCUCAUAUCCAUAAAUACAUCCUUCUGCACCAAUGAGCAAUGGAAUGCUCAGCAUCUUAUCCAUAAUUUUAGCAAUCCAUUUCACUCCCAGAUUAGAAUCAUUUCUCCUAGCGGUGAAAUUGCCAUUUCUGCAUAUUCCCACACUGGUUCAGUACGGCUGGAUUUGGAGAGAUCACACUGGAUAGCCUGACAAUAUGAUUUCUUCCUAUGCCAAUGUUGCCCAGCCUUCAAGAGGAGUGAUUGCGGAAUUAGCAAUAACCAUGUUGUGGCAUCUCAGUUCCAACAUGACUAGAGUGACAUAGGAACUGAUGACACCGAAGCAGCAACGUCACCACUAAUGGAAUACAAGACCUAUAUCUAAGACCCUUAGAAAUCCAUACAGCAUUCUAUUUGAACCGACGUAUGGAUUUGCCCCCACCUAAGAGCAAGCACCUCCACUACCCAUUCUUCCAUUUUCCCUCCAAGCAUCCCUAUACCUUCUCAACAUCUUAAUCUAAUGGCCAGAUAAUACAAAUAGCAGAACCAAAUGGCAAAACUUUACUUAUGCACUUUGAGACAGAUCUGGAGAGCGGCUUGCUUGCAUGCUCCCCACAACCACCCUCCCUUCACAUUGUAAUCUGGGUCCUUUAGAAGUGCCUGCAUGUAAAAUAAAGACUUGAGGCUGGAGUACCAUCAGGGUGGAGUUUGUGUACUGAUCCCCACUGGCUCCCCAUGUGUUCAUUUUACACACAUACAAAAAGUCUGACAAGGCAGCCCUGUUUAGGGAAGUUUUAAUGUUUGAUAUUUUAUCACUUGAUGAUGAUGAUGGAUGAUGAUGAUGAUGUUGGGAGCCGCCCAGAGUGGCAGAAACCCAGCCAGAUUGGUAGGGUAUAAAUAAAUUAUUAUUAUUAUUAUUAUUAUUAUUAUUAUUAUUAUUCAGUGGUACCUUGGUUUUUGAACGUCUGUUGAUGAACAUUUCAGUUUUCAAAUGCUGUAAACCCGGAAGUAAAUGCUUCAGUUUUCAAACACGCCUCGGAAGUCGAACAUGCCACGUGGCUUCUGCAUGCAAUCAGUCUGUGUUCAGAUAAUCUCAGGAGCUCUCUUGCAACCAAUUUGUUUUUGUGACUGACUGUGCCUCGGUUUUUGAAUGUUUCAGAACUCAAACAGUCCUCCAGAAUGCAUCACGCUCGAAAACCGAGGUACCUCUAUAUGCAUAAAGCUCAUCUAAUCUUCUCUUUGAUGUGCUUUUUACUUGUGUACUUUUAAGUUUCUGGGCAGGGUUUCUGGAAGGUAUCAUUCAAAUACACAGGCAAAAUGGUAUCCUUGAGGGAAAUCGUUUGUUUCUGCUAAUUGUACGAACUAGUCCAAGACUAACCAACUCAGUCCUGGAAACAGGGAACCUUCAGUAAUGUCUUAUGUUCUCUCACACCUUCACUUCUUGUCUCUCAGCACAAAUGCUUUGUUUGACCAUUCAUUGUUUAUCGGUAUUAUCUUGAUCCUGCCCCGCCCCCAAUCCUUCUGUGUUGCUACUUCAGUCGGGUUGCCACGUUGAAGUUCUCUUCCUGCGUUACAUCGCCACCUGGGACCUGGACCCAAGGCACUGCUAUCGGAUCACUUGGUUCACCUCAUGGAGUCCGUGCUAUGACUGCGCCCGGCAUGUGGCUGACUUCUUGUAUGCCUACCCUAACCUAACCCUGCGCAUCUUUGCUGCCCGCCUGUACUUCUGUGAGGAACGGAAUGCCGAACCUGAGGGGCUGCGUCGCCUCCACCGGGCAGGAGCUCAGAUUGCCAUCAUGACCUUCAAAGGUGAAACAGGGCAGAGGGAUGGGUUUAGGUAAAGGUAAAGGGACCCCUGACCGUUAGGUCCAGUCGCGGACGACUCUGGGGUUGCGGCGCUCAUCUCACUUUAUUGGCCAAGGGAGCUGGUCAUGUGGCCAGCAUGACUAAGCCGCUUCUCGCGCAACCAGAGCAGCGCACAGAAACGUUUACCUUCCCGCCGAAGCGGUACCUAUUUAUCUACUUGCACUUUGACGUGCUUUCGAACUGCUAGGUUGGCAGGAGCAGGGACCGAGCAACGGGAGCUCACCCCGUUGCGGGGAUUCAAACCACCAACCUUCUGAUUGGCAAGCCCUAGGCUCUGUGGUUUAGACCACAGUGCCACCCGCAUCCCAUUAGGGAUGGGUUUAGUAGGUGGCAUAAGAUCUGGAGGGGAAGUUAAGCAAUGGAAGAUGAACACCACGUCUCUCUUUUGUCAGAUUACUUUUACUGCUGGAACACCUUUGUAGAGAACCGCAAGAAGACCUUCAAAGCUUGGGAAGGGCUUCAUGAAAAUUCUGUGCGUCUGACCAGAAGGCUCCGCCGUAUCCUUUUGGUGAGAAGUAUUUCCCUCUGCACUCUGGAGCGAGGUUUUCUACCACUUUUCUUGUACCUCUUCCUCCUCCUUCCUUGCUGCCCUUGUUUUUCCUCACCUGCCAUUCUCUGCUUCCUUUAACUUGAUUUUUCAGGAUCACUAGCCUCCAUCUUAUUCUGCCCUUAUCUUUACUUCAUUACUCAUCAGCUUUACCUCUAACCUUUUGUUCUCCUUCUUCUUGUGCCUCCUGCAAACCUGACCAUUCUCUUCUUUCUUUCACAGCCACUUUAUGAGGUUGAUGACUUGCGAGAUGCCUUCCGAAUCCUUGGACUUUGA